CACUGGUCGUCAACAAUCAUCAAAACAGACGUGUCAUCCCAGAGGGUCGGCCUUGUUGUUAACGCCAAGAUGAGUUCUAAAGUUGAAACUUACCUCACAGAAAAAAAGAAUUCUUCUCCAACAGAACUCUCAAAGAAGUUCGGAGAGUUAGAAGAAUACUACAAUAAGAAAUUAUGGCACCAGUUGACCUUGGCUCUUCACAAGCUGGUGAAGGAGCCAUCUAUGCAGCAAGGCACAGAACUUAUUAAACUGUACAAGAACUUGAUUAUAGAGCUUGAAAAUAAGAUCAACCCUCUGUCCUUGGCACAGAUAGCAGGAGAUGUCAUUACACAACACACAGACCCCAAUGAAGCCAUCACAUUUGUUGAAAAGGUUGCUCCUAAGGUUGUUGACCACCAAGAAGCAAGAGUUCUUUGUAAUGUUCUUAUUGCACAGAUAACUUUGUCACGAUUAGAGGAUCAAGUAAGAACAAAAAAAAUUCUGGACGAAACGGAGAAAAUGCUUGACGAAAUUGAUGGGGUGACUCCAGUUCAUGGAAAGUUCUAUCUCUUGGCGUCAGAAUUAUAUUGCCGCAGUGGGGCUCAUUCAGAUUACUACAGAGCUGCUCUCCGAUACCUUGGUUGCACAGAGGUAGACGACAUGGAAACAGAGACCAAGAAUAAACAAGCCUUUUACCUUGGACUUGCUGCCCUUUUGGGUGAAGGUAUCUACAAUUUUGGAGAAUUGCUUGCCCAUCCCAUUCUAGAAGCACUGAAAGGUUCAUCAUCGGAAUGGUUGUUGGAAUUGUUGUUUGCUUUUAACCAAGGUAACAUAAGCAAGUUUGAAACCAUGAAGCCUCAAUGGAGCACUCAGCCAGACCUACUUGCUAAAGAAAACCAACUGAGGGAAAAGAUUCGUCUUUUGUGUCUGAUGGAGAUGACAUUCCAACGUAAGGCUUGGGACCGUCAGCUGACAUUUGCAGAGAUUGCCCAGGAAACAGGCCUUCCAGAAAACCAAGUAGAAGUGAUGGUGAUGCGUGCCCUGUCACUUGGCCUCGUCCGUGGCACGAUUGAUCAAGUGGACAACAAAGUUAAUAUAACUUGGGUUCAGCCGAGGGUCCUCGACAAGAAACAGCUGGCAUCAAUGAUGGAAAGAUUGACGGACUGGUGCAAAGACGUCAGCAGCAUGCAGAAUCUUCUACAAGACCAAGCCAGCACCAUCCUUACAUUAUAGUUGUACAGCUCACAAAUGGAAAAUAUUAUUACAGUACUGUAAAGAGUUUUGUGUAUAUUUUUACUUUAAUGUGCAUUGUACUUGCAAGUUUGUAAUAUUUGGAACAUAAUUAUAUAUUUUGUUUUAAUUGACAUGGUUGCUUAUUUAUUUAUAAUAAUGGUACUGUACUGCUGAAACAGAAAGUUGUAUAAGGAUAUUAGGAAUUGUAAGUUAACAUAAUUGAUUUUGGAAGAUAAAUUUAUUUUGUGUAUCAUGUACACUGUCAAUUAAUGAAUAAACAUAAAUAAAUCGUUUUUGCUAA